GUUUUGAUGCAAUGUUUUGAUCUAAAGGCCUCAGCACUUAUCCGGACUGGAGAUGAUUCGAGACCUGUGCGCUGGGCAACUGGAGGGAGCGGACAUCGGCUCCACCGAGAUAACGUUUACACCCAAGAAGAUCCAAGGUGGGAGCCACACGGCCGACACCAAGACGGCAGGGAGCGUGUGCCUCUUGCUGCAGGUGUCCCUGCCCUGCGUCCUGUUCGCCGCGUCUCCCUCCGAGCUGCGCCUGCGAGGCGGCACCAACGCCGAGAUGGCCCCGCAGAUCGACUACACGGCCAUGGUGUUCAAGCCAAUUGCUGAAAAAUUUGGUUUCAAGUUUAAUUGUGACAUUAAGAUGAGGGGCUACUACCCAAAAGGGGGUGGUGAAGUGAUUGUCCAAGUGUCUCCAGUGAAACAGCUGAACCCGAUAAACAUAACUGAGCGUGGCUCUGUGACGAAGAUAUCGGGGAGGGCUUUUGUGGCCGGCGCUUUGCCAUUUAAAGUAGCGAAGGAGAUGGCGGCGGCGGCUGUGAGGUGCCUCCGGAAGGAGUUCAGGGACCUGUACGUGAACAUCCAGCCGGUGCAGGAGCCCCGAGACCACGCCUUCGGCAACGGCAGUGGCAUCAUUGUGGUGGCUGAGACGUCCACGGGCUGCCUGCUGGCGGGGUCAGCGCUGGGCAAACGAGGUGUCAAUGCAGACAAGGUUGGCAUCGACGCUGCCGAGAUGCUCCUGGCAAACCUGAGGCACGGCGGGGCCGUGGACGAGUACCUGCAAGACCAGCUGAUCAUUUUCAUGGCACUGGCCAACGGAGUUUCCAGAAUAAAAACAGGACCCGUGACACUCCACACACAGACGGCUAUACAUUUUGCCGAACAGCUAGCAAAGGCUAAAUUCACGGUGAAGAAAUCAGAAGAGGAAGGAGAUGCCUCAAAAGAUGCCUACAUCAUCGAGUGCCAGGGGAUCGCGAUGACGAAUCCGAACCUGUAGGGGCUGUGCCUUGGGGACGGCCCCGCGGGGACCUAUUGUGCUGACUCAUGCCGUAAAUACCGCAGGACGGCGCAUCGGGAGUCCUUGCUAGCAGACCCACUGAGACUCCAGGCGGAGUACAGAGUGUUCUAGAUCUGACUCAGCAUGUCCCCUGCACGUGGUCAGGGAGCUGUCCGCUGGUGGGUGUCUGACAGCUGAUCUCAGUGUGAACGUGUUGGUAUAAAAUCUUCUGUUCCCCCGGAGUACGUGUGCUUUCCUUUCUUACUUAAUAAAUGGAGUCGGGGAUGUCGA